AUGCCAUGGCAAGAAGGAACUGUCUACCGAUCGUCGUCAGCUUCCUCCGAAGCCCAAAGGCAGACUAUGAGAGUAUGUGUCGUCAGCGAUUCUUCUGAAUUCAAUGAAGAUCCAACGUCUGAUGACGAAACAAUUGAUAGAGAUAUUAUAUAUGAAGAUCGUUAUUGUAAAUUGAGCCAUACUAAUCUUAUCCUCAAGUCAUAUUAUUUCCCUAAAGGCCAGCAAAAGCGAAUAGCAAUUUCUUCCAUCCAAUCUAUUCAACAGAUAAAAGAUUCUUCGAAGAUUGUUUCUUGGGGUGUACGAGAGAACAUUUGGUGGAAUCACGAUCCUAACAGGUUUGAUCAUAUUCUUCAUAUUUGGUAUUAA